CGAUAGACAACGUCAGUGCGUACGCCCGGAGGUUCCGGGGCGCGGGAGGGCGCUGGUGCUGCGAGGAGUCGCCGGCGGUCGGGCCGCGUGGGCUCUCACGAGGCAGCUCGCGGCUUCCGGCCGCGCAGGCCCGCUCAAGAUGUCGUACAUGCUCCCUCAUCUGCACAAUGGCUGGCAGGUAGACCAGGCCAUCCUGUCGGAGGAGGACCGCGUGGUCGUCAUUCGUUUCGGACACGACUGGGACCCCACUUGCAUGAAGAUGGACGAGGUUCUGUACAGCAUCGCCGAAAAGGUUAAAAAUUUUGCAGUUAUUUAUCUUGUGGAUAUUACGGAAGUGCCUGACUUCAACAAGAUGUAUGAGUUGUACGACCCAUGUACUGUCAUGUUUUUCUUCAGAAACAAACAUAUCAUGAUCGAUCUGGGCACUGGCAACAACAACAAGAUCAACUGGGCCAUGGAAGACAAGCAAGAAAUGGUUGACAUCAUAGAGACUGUGUACCGUGGUGCCCGCAAAGGCCGGGGUCUGGUGGUGUCCCCCAAGGACUACUCUACAAAGUACAGAUACUGAGCACUGCCCUCGCAGGCUGUGCAGAGGACCUGGGGACCCCUCCAUGUAGAAAUACUCAGCUCUUCAAAGCCUUUUGGAAGGGCCAGCAGCAGAACGUGGCUGGAGGCCAGAGGAUCCUUGAGAUGAGGGUUGUGGGUCCUUAACUAGCUGAAGCAAAUAAACAUGCAGUGGGGAACAGUU